GGUCAACAGAACGCCAAAACAAAAAGAGAUGGCAGUGGUGGGAAUAUAUUAGCCAGAGCUCGGAGAACUUAGGCAGCGCAUGCGUACUCGUGGAAGGGCAGUCGCGUGCGUUCUUUGUUUUGCCCUGCCGGCCACGUGCUUCUGACUGUGCUAGAGAUUGAGGGAGUGAGCGUCCCUGAUCCGAAAUGCUUGGGCCCAGGAGCGGCGUGGAUUGCGGCAUAUUUAUUUGCGCCUGCCUCAUGAGAUAGCUUGGAGAUCGGACCCAAGUCUAAACACGACAUUCAUUUAUGUUUCAUAUGCAUCUUAUACACAUACCCUGAAGCUCAAAGGAUGGCGCACGUUCCGGGAAAACAUGAACAUGCUGACACUAUGGGGAUCGGCAAGGCUAUUGCCGUGUUGACAUCUGGAGGAGAUGCCCAGGGCAUGAAUGCUGCUGUCCGGGCUGUAGUCCGAGUGGGUAUAUACACUGGUGCCAAAGUGUUCUUCGUUCAUGAGGGCUACCAAGGUCUUGUGGAUGGUGGUGACAAUAUUAGGGAAGCAACAUGGGAGAGUGUUUCUAUGAUGCUGCAACUGGGUGGCACAGUGAUCGGGAGUGCCAGGUGCAAGGAUUUCCGCGAUCGUGAAGGACGAUUGAAAGCUGCACGCAAUCUAGUAAAAAGAGGAAUCACAAACCUGUGUGUGAUUGGAGGCGAUGGCAGUUUGACCGGAGCAGACACCUUCCGAGCAGAAUGGAGUGGUUUGCUGCAGGAUCUGGUUAAGACAGGUGGUAUCACAGCAGAAGAAGCAAAGAACUCCAGUCACCUGAACAUUGUUGGAAUGGUUGGCUCUAUUGAUAAUGACUUUUGUGGUACUGACAUGACCAUUGGCACAGACUCAGCCCUCCAUAGGAUAAUGGAGAUAGUAGAUGCUAUCACCACCACUGCUCAAAGCCAUCAGAGGACCUUUGUGCUGGAGGUGAUGGGUCGUCACUGUGGUUAUCUAGCCCUUGUAACAGCUUUGGCAAGUGGAGCAGACUGGGUUUUCAUUCCAGAAUCUCCACCAGAGGAUGAUUGGGAGGAACACUUAUGCAGGAGGUUAACAGAGACAAGAAAUCGAGGUUCACGACUGAACAUCAUCAUUGUAGCUGAAGGAGCCAUCGACAAGCAUGGCAAGCCCAUCACUUCAGAGGACAUUAAGAGUCUGGUUGUGAAACGCCUGGGCUAUGACACAAGAGUCACCAUCCUUGGACAUGUGCAGCGCGGUGGGACCCCCUCUGCCUUUGAUCGUAUCCUGGGAAGCAGGAUGGGCGUGGAAGCCGUCAUGGCCUUACUAGAAGGAACCCCAGAUACCCCAGCAUGUGUUGUCAGCCUUUCGGGUAACCAAGCCAUUCGCCUUCCUCUCAUGGAGUGUGUCCAAGUGACAAAGGAUGUCACAACAGCAAUGAAUGAAGGACGGUUUGAUGAAUCUCUUAAACUUAGAGGAAGGAGUUUCCAGAAUAACUGGAAUGUUUACAAGAUCUUGGCUCAUGUGCACCCACCCACUGCAAAGAGUGGCUACAAUUUGGCGGUGAUGAAUGUGGGGGCACCAGCAGCUGGCAUGAAUGCAGCCGUGAGGUCUACUGUUAGAAUCGGAUUGAUCCAUGGCCACAGGAUGCUGGCUGUGCAUGAUGGGUUUGAAGGCCUUGCUGAAGGAAAGGUUGAAGAAAUUGGAUGGAGUGGAGUUGGUGGCUGGACUGGAAGGGGUGGAUCAAGCCUUGGAACGAAAAGGACACUGCCCAAGAAAUACUUUGAGGAAAUCAGCAACACAAUUGCCAAUUUUAAUAUUCAUGGCCUGAUCGUCAUUGGUGGCUUUGAGGCUUUCACUGGCAGCCUGGAAUUGAUUGAAGGCCGAGCCAAGUUUGAAGAGCUCUGCAUCCCAAUCUGUGUGAUCCCUGCCACCGUCUCUAACAACAUUCCUGGCUCUGACUUCAGCAUUGGGGCAGACACAGCCCUCAACACCAUCACGUCGACUUGUGACCGUAUCAAGCAGUCUGCAGCUGGCACCAAGAGGCGGGUGUUCAUCAUUGAGACCAUGGGUGGCUACUGUGGCUAUCUGGCUACCAUGGCAGGUUUGGCUGCUGGAGCUGAUGCAGCCUACAUUUAUGAAGAUCCUUUCACUAUCCGUGACCUGGAGUUAAAUGUGUCACAUCUGACUGAAAAAAUGAAGACCACAGUGAAGAGAGGUCUGAUAUUGAGGAAUGAGAAAUGUAAUGAAAACUAUACCACUGAGUUCAUAUUCAACUUGUAUUCUGAGGAGGGAAAAGGCAUCUUUGACACCAGGAAGAAUGUUUUGGGACACAUGCAACAGGGUGGAUCGCCAACUCCAUUUGACAGGAACUUUGGGACGAAAAUGGGUGCCAAAGCCGUGGCAUGGAUGUCUGGCAAGAUCAAAGAAUGCUCCAGACAUGGCCGUAUUUUUGCCAACACUGCCGAUUCAGCUUGCCUCUUGGGCAUGCGCAGACGGGCACUUGUUUUCCAGCCUCUCAUUGAACUUAAACAAGAGACAGAUUUUGAGCACCGCAUCCCCAAGACUCAGUGGUGGCUGAAGCUUCGUCCCAUCUUGAAGAUUCUUGCCAAAUACAAGAUCGACUUGGAUACCUCAGAGACAGCCCACCUAGAGCAUAUCACCCGCAAGAGAGUAUCAGGUGAAGGCGCUCUGUGAACAGCUCGUGAGGCUGCUGCAGCUCUCUUGAAAUUAUGAUGCUUUAAAAUAUCUAUUAAAAUAAAUUCUAUAUUGGUAUUUCCUUCCCCAGUUUAGCAUGCAGCUGUCCAUCUAGUGUCUUUGUGUCCAUUGUUGGGGCUGCAUGCAUGCAUGCUAUAACUGAAGGAAGAAAGUACAUCAUAAUGGAGUACCACAUUUAAGCAUAUGGGCAGAAGAUAAACAUUUACUCUUUAUUAUAUCCUGCCCUUCUUUUAUAAAACUCUGGGAAGCUUAUAAUGGGUUCCUAGUGAUCUUCCAUCCAGGCACUGGCUGGUCUAUUUGUUUUGCUUCAAAAUUAGUUGCUCCGAGUCUAUUCACCAAAUUCUGCAGAGCUGUAAGCCAUGAAUUUCAAAAGGAUGUAAAUGCACGAGUUGACAUUUGAACUGGACUGACCUUACUAUUAGGAUACAUCCACUAUUUGAACAAAAAAAUGUCAACAAGCCCAAAAUGCCUUCUUGGGUUCAAUUUACAGUUGUGCUUUAGAAUGCAAAGUCUUGUAAGUGCUCAAAAUAAAGCAAACUGUUUGACUAGAGCAGGGGUCCUCAAACUUUUAAAGCUGGGGGACGGUUCACCGUCCCUCAGGCUGUUGGGGGACCAGACUAGAGUUUGAAAAAAAAUGAACAAAUUCCUGUGCACACCUUAUUUGUAGUGCAAAAAAAUGAAGGAAUAUCAUAUUGAAAAUGAAGAAUAAUUUUAACCAACACAAACUUAUCAGUAUUUCAAUGGGAAGUCUGGGCCUGCUUUUGGCUGAUGAGAUAGUCUUAAUUGGGGUUGGUUUUGUGUGCCUUCAAGUUAGUUGAGACUAUCACAAAGUUUUCUUGUCAAGAUGUAUUCAAAGGGAGCCUACCUUUGUCUUCAUUUGAGGCUGAGAGACUGAAUUAAUGAAAGUCAACCUUUCUUUCUCUCUCUCUUUCUUCUCUCUCUUUGGGAGAGCCAGAUAAAAGACCUUGGCAGGCCUAUCUGGCCUGUGGGUCAUAGCUUGAGGACCCCUGGACUAGAGUUUACAAUAUGGAUUUCCUGUCAUAGCAGCCCCAUCUGGUGGUUGCUUGCAGGUUGAGUGCACUGGAAAAACUAAGCAAUCAAUCAGUGCUUAUUUUAAACUGGAUUGCAUGUAGACUCUCCCUUUCAUUACAUGGAACCUCAUCCCUGCUGUGCUUGAAGCACUGUCACAAACUAUUCUGAAGGAGGGGGGCAACUGACAUGCCAAGAGCUUAAUCUGUCCUUCCUAGAAUGCUUCUUCUUUGCUAAGAUUUUCCAUCCCACAUUUGUAAGUUCAAUUACUUUCUUCAAAACUGUCAAACAAUAAAGCUUUCUAAGCCCUCAA